CAAGAUAUGAUUGGACCACAAAUAAGUCCAUGUCUAAAUGAGAUCGUUUUAGUAAAGGGUCAAAAUUUUACAAUUAGAUGUAAAGGAAAGAGACAUGUACAAGUUAAACAACAAAAUAUCGAAGAAGAAGGUCUCGGAAAUAAAUUCGUAAAGAAAAUAAGGAAUGUAACCUCAGUGGACACGGAAUACUCAUAUGAAACUGUACUCGAUUUAUAUAACGUUGAUCAGUACGCAGUCGGUUAUUAUGCUUGCUACGAUGACACCGUCAACGAGACUGACAUACUAAAUAAUUUAAUGGAAGAACCACCCAACACGGAACAUGUAACCUAUAUUUACAUCUAUGUGAACGGCACUGACAAUCUUCUUGUACCUAUGAGUGAAGUAGUCCAGACGAGGGACAGGAGAAGGGUCAUUCUUGGAUGUAGGCCUACUUCACCAGAUGUUGAAAUUACUUUAAAAGUGCGGAGUAACAAGACAGCAGAUUAUAUAAAGUUCUCACCAAAGAUUGGGUUUUUAGUGAGAGCGUGUAGGCCUCCUUACGAAUGCUAUGGACAACGUGGAAAUGACACUGUUAAGAAACCAUUACGUUGUCAAAAUAUACCAGUUGAUACUCCGAAGAUACACGGAACUGAAUAUUUCUUAGAAGGUGAAACAUUUUCUCUUAACUGCACAGUUGCCUAUCAAAGAAAUCUUCCCGUUGAACUGAAAUGGAAAAUUCCAAGAAAAAUGGAUAAGAAAUUCGUCACCGAGACUACUAACGAAUGUGAUGCUACGGAAGUGAACGUAUUGUACAAUACAAUUACUAUAGUGAAUGCAACUAAAGAAGAUAGUGGAUACUAUUUUUGUACAUCUAGCAACAAUUCCAAUAACAAAACUAAAAAAUUUGAGAAAAAAUUUCGAGAAAGUCCGUUCAUAAAUCUAAGUAAAACAACAAAAGAAGAGAAUGGAAUAGUUGUAACACGAAUAAACCAAAGAAUAAUGAAAUUGCAAACAAAAGUUGAUGGGCAUCCUUUUCCAAAAUAUUAUUUUUUACGAAAUGGCCUCAAUUUACCAUCAAAUGAAUCGAAAUAUUUCGUCGACAAGAUGAUAUUAAGCGGUGAAAUUGGUUUAAAUAUAUUUGACUUGAAUGUGAAGGACACUGCAAAUUAUACUUUGGUCGCUGACAAUGGUUAUGUGAAGAAAAAUGUUACAUUUGAUUUGCGGAUAUCAGUGCCACCAAUGGUCGAGUUUUUACCCAAGUCGAAAACUACGGUAGUAGGCAACAAAGACCAGAACAUAGCAUUGGUUUGUGAGGCGACUGGUUAUCCAUUGCCGACUGUCAGCUGGUAUUUAACUGCAAAUGGCACAGAUAAUGAAUUGACUAAAAGUAAUAACAUUGUCAAAUCAGUAUAUAAAGUAACAUCUAACGUGGAUGUACCCGUGAAAGUUUCCGGUAAUAUAACGUGUGAGGCGACUAAUAGUUACGGAUCUCAUGAAGCGUCGAAGCAAUUGCUAGUUCACGAAAUAGAAGGUGGAUUUGGUAUAAUGGAAAGUGCUACGUGGUAUCCAGAGAAUCAUAACGUCACCCUAAAGUGUGUAGCAUCUAAAUAUGAUUAUAGGAAUUUGACUUGGAUAGAUGGAACUAAUGGUGGAAAUCUUACUGAUUUUGUAAAAUAUUCCGAGAGUCCAUUCUCGCAUGAGGCGAUAUUAAAAAUAAUCGCUGUACCACUGACCAGAUCUGGUUCUUACAUGUGCGUCGGAUAUAGAAAUGAUGGACGUGAAGAAAGCGAAUCUAUAUCCAUCACUAUCGAAGCUAAUCAAGAUACCGUCAUAUAUGAGCCAGAAAUAGACCGGAAUGAAGAGGUGUCAAAUUAUCAAAAUGUUCAGUUUAGUUGCAUCGCCGAGGCUGUGCCUCCACCACAUAUCGAAUGGCUUAAGGACGGCGUUUUGUUGGAGAACGGAACCGACGGCGAUGUGACAAUAGUGAGCUAUUGUACUAAUAAUACAUUAGUAAACUCCACUGUUAUAAUACUGCGAAUGAAAGAAGAAUACAAAGGGAAGUACGAAUGCGUAGCAACCAACAUGUAUUCUUCAGAAGUAAAAGUAAUUAAUCUGCUUUUGGAAGACAAAUCACCAUACACUACCACUUACCUUAGUAUAAUUGGAGUAGUAUUCUUUAUCCUUAUACUAAUAGUAAUUUAUUUGACGUGGAAAAUAAGAAGAGAGAAACGCUUCAGAAAAGAGUUGGCGGCAGCUGGUUUGUUGUACUUCAAGGAAGGUGUUCCUAAUUCAUUGAAUCCAGAUUUGGUAGUGGACGAGCAAGCUGAACUCCUUCCUUACGAUGACCGCUUCGAAUUUCCACCAGAAAAGCUUUUUUUAGGCAAACAGUUGGGCGCUGGUGCAUUCGGAGUGGUGUACAAAGCGGAGGCGCGGGGUAUUAUCAAUGCUGAGGAAACUACGCCCGUUGCCGUAAAGAUGGUAAAGAAGACUGCAGAUAAUAUGUAUAUAAAGGCACUAGCAUCAGAGCUCAAGAUCAUGGUUCAUUUAGGAAAACAUAUCAAUAUUGUAAAUUUACUUGGAGCAUGCACCAAAAAUGUUGGAAAACGUGAACUUAUCGUCAUCGUUGAAUACUGCAAGUUCGGUAACAUCCACAACUACAUGCAGAAGCACAGGGAUGUGUUUAUCGAUCAACUCACUGAUAAUCCUGAGAAGAACCUCGGAAAAGUCAACAGAGGGUAUUCUUGUAGCAGCGCCAGUAGUGGGAUGCAUUCGGAUUAUUUUGGCUCCAAUCACACUCAAGCAACAGAUCAUACAUUCUUGAAUACAGCUAACACCACUAGAUCUGGAAGGAAAGCAUCAGAAGGAUAUGUACAGCCCGAAUGGCGGUCGAACUACGAGAGUGAUUAUAUAUACGACAGCCGCAACCCUCGGCCGUUGACGUCCCGCGACCUGCUAGCGUGGGCGUUUCAGAUUGCUAGAGGCAUGGAAUAUCUUGCCAGCAGAAAGGUACUGCACGGCGAUUUGGCUGCUAGAAAUAUAUUGCUAGCAGAUGAUAAUAUUGUGAAAAUUUGCGACUUCGGUUUAGCUAGGAGUAUUUAUAAAAAUGAUGAAUAUCAGAAGAAAGAAAACAGCCCAUUGCCGGUGAAGUGGCUGGCUAUAGAAUGCAUGAUGGAUAGAAUAUUCUCAACACAGUCGGACGUGUGGUCGUUCGGCAUUGUGCUGUGGGAACUCUUCUCGCUCGCCAAAACACCUUAUCCAAAUAUGAGUCCACAGAGUUUGCUGCAAUGGCUCACUGAUGGACACCGACUAGAGAAGCCGCCGUAUGCAGACGACCGAUUAUACGACGUGAUGAGGAAAUGCUGGGAGCACAAGCCGACUAUGAGACCUUCAUUUACUCAACUCCAAGAACUUCUCGGAUCGUUCCUCGAAGACAACGUUCGAAACCACUACGUGGACCUGAAUUCAUCGUGUAUGGAUACUAAUGCUAAAAACGAGACUCAAGAGGACUACUUGGCUAUGAUGAGCUCACCAGACUACAAUAACCUUGUAACUCCGAGCCCGCAUCACUACGUUAAUGAAGUCAGGAGCUUCUUCCCACCAUCGCCGACGCAAAUACCACAUGAUGAGGAGGGAUAUUUGCAAAUGACGCCCGCUAACAAGAUGCCGUUUAGUCCAAGAGCACAGAGCACGCAAUUCGAUUUCGAUGCACGAAAAAUGAAUACAAGGGCAUCGGAAGCAAGCAACUGUGGCUCAGAGCUGACUCCAAUGUUGACACUGAGCAGUUUGCCCAGGAGUGGCUCCGAGUCAGAUCACGAAGGUAACCAUUCACCAUAUCUCAAUAUGUGCCCGCGCAUCGAAGAAGAGGCCGACGAAGUCUUUUUAGAUACAAAAUCCCAAAAUGCUAGGAACAUACAGAAUAGUGCUGUGACAAAUCCCACUUAUAUCACAUUUGGUGCGGACAUUGAAAAGAAAUCUCAAGAUAUUAACAAUGCUUACAUUAAUAUACCUAAUGGUCUAGUCAAAUGAGUAAAAACUGUACUCAUUAUGUUUUCAACGUUAUGUUUUCAACGUAAAUAUGUGUUGUAAUGUUUGUUAGCAUGGAUCUCCUCCGCUUAGAUGUUUAUUGUGUAACUGGUAUUUAAAGCUCAAUAUUUUACAAUUACAUUCAAUAAUUACAAUUUAUUCUACAUAUCCUUCGAGUAAAAAACUACAGUUUCUAAUUCUUUCCCGGAUUUCUGUAAUCUCAUUCAUAUAAUGUCUCAUCAUCUCAUGUAUAUUAUAUUCAGAGUAUUGAUACGACAAAAGCAGUACAUGAUGUAUAAUCAGUGUGGUUUUUAUUAUUUAUUAUGGUGUGGUUAAUUUAUAACCUUUUAAAAACUGCUUGUCCAUUAGGACCCUGUGUUGGUUACUUUCUGCAAUAAUUGUUAUUGUAAACAUCAAAUGUACAUCGAUAUUUUAUGUUUCUUAUGAAUUUCAUCGGAAUCUUGAGUAGGAUAGAUAGCAUGAUUAAAGUAUGAUCAAUAAUAAUAAUGAUGCUCUUGUAAAUAAAAAAGGGAUAGAUAUGGAACGAAUGAUGUUAUAUUUUGUGGUCAAGCACGAAUCAAGUCUUUAAGAGUCAAUUAUUAUAAUCAUUUGCAAUUACUUAAAGUAUCUAUACACUAUGAAUCAAUUUCUAUAAAUGCUAGUUGGAGAAAUCAAGUCAGAAAAUAUUUUAUAAUAUUUUACGAAAAUUAAUGGAAUCAUCACAGUCGAUAAUGGUUUCUACUAAAACCGUUACUUCUUGAAUUAAAUUAUAAAAUAUGUUGUUAUUGAAAACUAAAAUGCGUAUAAACCUAUAUUUGUUUAUAAAUAUACUUUGUUUAUUAAUUAUAAUUAUACCCACCAAAAAAAGAAAAAAAAAUAUAUAAACUGUCUAUUAAUUACUUUAUCAUUCCUUUAUUUAACAGUUGUGUAUUGUGAGGAAAAAAUACUUAUUGAAAAUGGUAAUAGUUACAAAAUAUUUUAUGUAUGGAUGUCUACGUAUAUUAUAUAUCAUAAUAUAUAAUUUUAAUAACUUGAUAACGAUGUGGAUAAUAAUGUUUAAACACGGGUCACUGCAAACUGCUUGUUUUAUUAUUACGAACUCAUAUUUGUAUAUCAAUAAUGUAUUAAUGGAAUAUCAGUUAAACAAAAAAUAAUUAUGUUUCUUAAAGUGAUAUUUAAAUUGCCCAUCGAUGUAAAUAAACCAUAAAAUACUGUAUGCUUUGAUAAGAGCAUUCAGUAUUUCUGUAGGUAUAUUAGGUUAACAUAAAAUAUAGAUUUUUUUAAAGAGCUAAUUUUUAUUAUAUAUUGUAUAUGUACACGUGUAUGUGUCUAGUCCAUAUUAAUUGUAGUACUUGAAAUAUUGAAUGGCAUUAUGUUACCAACGGUUUAAAAUUGGGUGAUCUAAUUAAAUUGUAAGGAAAUAAGUAGAUAUUAAAAAUAUUUCAAUAUUGUUUUUAUAAUAUUGAAUUUAAGAUUGGGCAGUAUGUACAGCCAACUGUAGUAUAGUCAACAUCAAUAGUAGUUAAGCGCAGGUUAUAAUAAUUGAUAAAUAAUCAUAAUUAUAUAAAAUAACUCGAAUGUACGUUUUUAUAUUCAACAUGCAACAAAUCUGUAUUGCAUAAAAAAAAAUUAAGCACCAACUUCUUCAUUAAAUAUUAAUUGACGAUGACAAUUUUGGCAUAAACUUUAAUGGCUGUCGAUUUUUAUUACUCGAAUUUGUAAUAGAAGUAAUUAUAUUAAUGAGUAUUUGUUUCUAUUUUGCUGAAUGUUUUCCAUGUGUAAUAUGUAUGUAUUAGUGUAUAUCGUAUGAAAUUUCCUAUCAAAGAGUCAAGAUUUAUAAAUAUUUUUCUUUAAAUACAUGAUUAUAUUACUUAAAAAUCUAUAUUUAUUACAUGUAACGAAAAGAAAAUAUUAUAUGUAGCGCAUGCAGUAAUUAAAAUUAUUUUCCAAAUAAGUACUAGAUAUUCAUACAAAAUCUAGAAAAUGUUUAACUGAUUGUAUAGUCAUGAUCAGAGUACUAUGUAUAUUACAGAUUAUAUAUGGCACCCAUCAGCACUUACAAAUCCUUAUGCGUUAAGGACAUGUUGAGUGUCAAACAUUGCGCUCUAGUUCUCGUUUUUCCCCUUCGAACGCAAACACAAACACGAUAAAUAUUGUCAAUUCAAAAGUACAUUUUUUAGAGAAUUUAUUUUCGUUUAACUAUUUUUGAUGUUGACUGUAUCUAUAUUAUAGACUGAGUUGGAAUAUAAAAAGCGAUUUAUUUUAUAAUAAUGAUGUAAGUGAUUUAAUAGAUACAGUAAUAUCUAUUUUUAUAUAUUAAAUAUUUAAAAAUCCUGUAACUACGUUAGUAAUGCCUAUAAAAAUAAAUCAACAAUUUGUACGAGCAAUGUUAUAAAGAUCGAGCCAGUGAGUGUAGAAAGGAGACAACAUACGUGUGAUAUCACACCUAACGGAGAUACGUUGGAUAUUUUAUAAUUUGUUUAUUUUUAUUAAACAUCGAUUGUUAUGUUUAUUUUCCUUGUUAACAUUGCUUAGUUUAUUAGAGAAUUAAGUAUCGAUUCGAAUUAUUAUAAAAUUGGCUUUCAGUCGAAUUAUUAUUUCUUGAAAAAAAAAAUGUGUCUGAAGGUAUGAAAUAAAAAAAAUAACGUGUAAA